UAACACUUGUCUUAUAAAUUGAGGUUUCAUAUCUCCUUCCUUAUUCAUAUCUUUACUGUUAUUUUUCCUUUAAUUUUGACCAAUCUCGCCCCUGUUAUAGAUCAGAUUUUGUUCCUUUAUGGUGUAUUUUUUUUCUUUCAAAGAUUGUGUUUUGGUGUGUCUCUGUGGUUGUAUUAUUCUUCAGAUAAAAGAAUACCUAGGUGGGUUUUGAGGGAAUUUUAAAAAUAGACCUAUUAUUGUUGAAUAGCCUGGCUAUAAACAUCAAGAUUGUAUUUUUUUGUGUGUUGUGGGGUUGAAUUUGAUUUAGCUCACAGAUUGGUAGCUUUUGUGGUUGUUGGAUAUAUUUUUUGUUUUUGAGUGGAAGAACUCAGCAAGAGUAAUCAAAGAUUGUAUUUUGGUUUUGUGGGGUUUGAGGAAAAUUGGAAGUUGGUUUUUGUUUGUGGGGUAGAUUGAUUGACCUUUGGUGUGUUCUGAAGUUGAUUUUUGAUUCUGAUGAAAGAGUACUUUUGUGGGUCGUGAGGGUUGGGUGUUUGUUAAUGAGGAAGGGAAUCAGCAACAGUAUAUCAAAGAUUGUACUUUUGGUGUUUAUUGAAGUUCAGGUUGAAAAAAACAUACUUUUAGUGGAUUUGAGGGAAUCGAAACGUUGUUAGUGUGUGUUGGUGGGGAAAGUUAAGCUACAGUCAUCAAAGAUUGUUCUUUUGGUGUGUUCUGAAGUUCAGAUUGGAAAGAAACAUACUUCUUGUGGAUUUGAAGGAGUCGAAACUUUGUUGGUUGUGUGUUGGUGGGGGAAAGUUAAGCUACAGUCAUCAAAGAUUGUUCUUUUGGUGUGUUCUGAAGUUCAGAUUGGAAAGAAACAUACUUCUUGUGGAUUUGAAGGAGUCGAAACUUUGUUGGUUGUGUGUUGGUGGAGGAAAGUUAAGCUACAGUCAUCAAAGAUUGUUCUUGUGGCGUGUUUUGAAGUUCAGAUUGAAAAGAAACAUACUUCUUGUGGAUUUGAAGGAGUCGAACAUUGUUGGUUGUGUGUUGGUGGGGAAAGUUAAGCUACUGUAAUCAAAGAUUGUUCUUUUGAAGUUCUGAUUGAAAAGAAACAUACUUCUUGUUGAUUUGAAGGAGUCGAAACAUUGUUGAUUGUGUGUUGGUGGGAAAUUUAAGAUACAGUAAUCAAAGAUUGCACUUUUGCGUGUUUUGAAGUUCAGAUUUUUUUAAAAAAUACAUACUUCUUGUGGAUUUAAGGGAAUCAAAAGGUUGUUUGUUGUGUGUUGGUGGGGCAAAGUUAGCAUCAGUCAUGUUCUUUGGUGCAGUGGUGUGGGAUCCGUGGCUAAUUGUUGCUCAAAUUGGGUGUAAAUGCUUAUACUAUUUGAUGUUAGGGAUAUUCUUGGAAAUUCUUGUAGGGACUCGUGUUUCUCGAAUGAGUCUUGUCUAUUUCUUUGAUUACGCCACUGUUACUGCUUCAACUGUCACCGGAUGGUGCGUCAUUGGUUCCUUUCUUCUCAGUUCACUUGCAGGAGCUGGCAUUUUACUCUAUUUGAUUGAGAGGGCAAAGAAGUGCCUAGAUUUUUCUGCAACACUCUACAUCAUCCAUCUUUUUAUAUGCAUUGUCUAUGGUGGUUGGCCUUCCUCAUUAACAUGGUGGAUUGUGAAUGUUACUGGGCUUGCUGUGAUGGCAUUGUUAGGUGAAUAUUUGUGUAUAAAACGUGAAUUACGAGAAAUUCCCAUUACAAGAUACCGAUCAAGUGUUUGACUAAGUAGAUGUUCAACAGCAAACAACAUUUUUCCUUCUUUGACUCCACUAUUUUGAGAAGAUUUAAAGAGUCUCUAUGCAAUUUAUUUCUCUUGCCUGUGGCAAUGACAUACUAAGGACUGCUCGGUAAUUGCCAAAUCCACAGAGAAAACAAGCUAAGCAGCUGAGUUAUUAGGUGAUUUCUUUUCAAUCUGAGGAAACUUUGAAAGAAAGUAUAGCAACUUUAAUUUGGAUCUUCGUUGUUGCCAAGCUACUUGUAUAUUAAGUUAUUUAGUCAUGAUUGAUCAUUUGCCAAGUUGCAUGCAUUGUUUUGCAGCCAAUCUUCUGAUCAUAAGUUAGAAGUACUUUGAUCCUACUUGUUCCUGCCGGGUUGUCUUUCCUUGUGUUUGAACCAGGAUAAUACAAAUGGUUGAAGAAUUUGUUUGAGUUACUAAUAUAUCAGAAUUUCAGAAAAUCUUCCAGGUUCUGAAUAGGAGAAAAAGUUAGUCAAGUUGCUAAAUGUAAAUUUUAUGAAGUUCUAUUUAGAACAUGUAGAACGAAAAGCGUUUUUUCCCCCAAUGUUUUAAAGUGUAGAAAGAGACAGUAAAAACAUUUCAUCUUCCUUGAUAAUGAAUGAAGAGAAAAAGUCGAAGGUACUUGUUCAAAUCAAGUUUUAGAA